GCUGCGAUGAGACAAGGAGGUGAGACACCAAAAUGGACAAGAGCACUUUAGAGGAUAAACACAUGAAUGUUGCUGUUGACUGGAAACAGCAUUAAAAUGCUGCCUUGGAAGAAGAAUAAGUUCGACCUGAUUGAGGAAGACAAGCAGUCCAAGCAGAAGGGCUAUGCGGUGAGCCUCAACUACUCUGCGCUCACCUCCUUCGCCAAGUCCUGCCCCGAGAGCGCGCUCAACAGGGUGGGCAGCAUGUUUAAGUCAAAGAGGAAAAAGGUGAAAAUCACCAGCGAGGACCCCACGUACACGGUGCUCUACCUGGGCAAUGCCACUACCAUCCAGUCCAAAGGGGACGGCUGCACGGACGUGGCGGUGAGCAAGAUCUGGGGCAAAAGCGAAAUGGGCAAAAACGGCACCAAAAUGCGGCUGACCAUCAGCUCGCAGGGCAUCCGGAUGGUGCAUGUGGACGACAAGGCCAGGAGGCCGGGACACUUGUACUUGCUGCACCGGGUAACCUACUGCGUCGCGGAUCCCAGGCUCCCCAAGAUUUUCGCCUGGGUUUACAGGCACGAGAUGAAGCACAAGGCCGUGAUGCUGCGCUGCCACGCAGUGCUGGUGUCCAAACCGGAGAAGGCGAAGGCGAUGGCACUGCUGCUGUAUCAGACCUCUGCCACGGCCCUGGCUGAGUUUAAGAGACUAAAACGGAGGGACGAUGCCAGGCACCAGCAGCAGCAGCUCAUAGGGGAGCAAACCAUCCCGUUGGUCCCCAUCAGGAAGCUGCUGAACGGACAGUGUUACUACAAACCCCCGGUGGAGCGCAGCCGGAGCGCGCCUAAGCUGGGCUCCAUCACAGAGGACCUGGUCGGGGAGGAGGAGGAGGAGAAAGCGAUGCACUUUGAGUGUGAGGACAUUCUGGACACGGACGAUGAUUGUGUUGCCAACGGUAAACAGGAGUUGACUCAGAUUAUAAAUGAUUUGGGAGAGAUGAGCAUAGGAAACGACGUGCAGACACUGAAAGCUGACCUCAGAGUCACCAGACUCCUCUCUGGAGAGAGCACGGGGAGCGAAUCCUCCAUCGAGAGCAACCAGGAGCCCCCUCCGCUCACUAACGGGUUUGAGGAGGUAAAGGUGCAGCAGGAAAUAGCCUGAAUAAUUUUAGGCAUUUCUAGGUGCCUCUGUUUUGUUGAGCCAUGAUGUCUUCACACUAAAACAUCCCCUCUGUUGUUGUGUUGGAGUCUAACCUGGCGCCUCCGCGACUAACUGAGAGCAUCCAGAAAAAAAGAAGGUUCUGGGACAGUUACCGCACAUGGACCCACAAUCAGGCUACUGAUUGAUAUUUUAAGAUUGUGUAAAGGCAGAGAAAUGGAAAAACAAGUGCAUGCCCGUUUGAGAGAAGACUGGUUGAACCGACAAAAUCCCUGUGCGCCUUAGGACGCACGGCACUAAUUCCAUCUCUUUUAUUUAAGAGGAUUUGUUGUAUCCUCAAGCUUGUUUACCUGACUUUUUUCUUCUAUUUUUCUCCCUUGAAAAUUGCAUUUUUCUGUUAAAAUAUGCUCAUUAUGCUCCAAAAAAACAUUCCGUUUUAAAGCACGUUUUGUUCUAUCCUUAAGUGGUUCAGUGGGUCUGAACAGGCAUCCUUAAUUUUCCAGGG